GUAAGUGAUAAAGGAUUUUCUGAGACAGAAGAGCUUUAUGUGGGCUGUUGCAGUUGGAGAAGAUUGUAUGGAAGAAGUAGGAUUUGAACUGGGUCCUGAAGGAUGAAUAGGAUGUGGAAAGUUGUAAGGCAAAUUUGAGAAAUUAUGGACACCCACAAUGAAAUCGCAAUUGUGGGAAUAGGAUGCAAUUUCCCAGGAGGAGAAGGAAUUGAUAAUUUCUGGAAAGUGCUUGUAGAAGGCCAAAACUGUACUUCGGAGAUAUCACUUGAAAGGUUUAAUGUUGAAGAAUGGUAUGAUCCAGAUGAGAACAAAGUUGGUAAAAGCUUGACAAGACAAGCUGCUCUUACUGAAGGAUUUAAUGAAUUUGACAACAAAUUGUUUGGAAUCAGUGACUUGGAAGCUGAGCGUUUGGACCCCCAACAAAAAGUACUCUUGGAAUGUGCUUACAGAGCUCUAGAGAGUGCUGGAAUCCCUAAUGAUGAAGUAUCUGGCUCCAGGACUGGGGUUUUUAUUGGUCUUAUGAAUCGAGACUAUGAGUGCAUGACCUCCAAAAUCCCAAACUCUAUGAACAAUUAUAAUGUCACUGGAUCUGCAAUGAGCCUGGCUGCUAACAGGAUUUCAUAUGCCUUUAAUCUAACUGGACCAUCAAUUGUAUUAGAUACAGCAUGUUCAGCAUCUCUUGUUGCAUUGCACUACGCACUUCUUUCAAUUAAACAAGGAGACUGUCAAGCAGCAUUUUGUGGUGGGGUGAGUUACAUUUUAGAUCCUCAUGUUAAUGUAAUGCUGAGCAAAGCCAAGAUGAUAGCUCCAGAUGGGAUGAGUAAACCCUUUUCUAAGAAAGCAAAUGGUUAUGGAAGAGGUGAAGGCUGUGGCAUUGUCUUACUGAAGAAACUAAAGAAGGCACAAGAGGACCACAAUAAAAUCUGGGGUAUUAUCAGCAUCAGUGCAGUGAAUCAGGAUGGACAAGCAAUAACCCCGAUCACCAAGCCCUCUCAGAAGCAACAGGAGAAACUCUUAGAGAGCAUUUAUUCAAGCCACAUCAACCCAUCAAUUGUGCAAUACAUCGAAGCUCACGGGACAGGAACACCUGCUGGAGAUCCUACUGAAGCAGAGAGCAUAGGCAACGCUGUUGGUAAAAAAAGAUCUAAGAACCUACCUCCUCUGAAAAUUGGCUCAGUAAAAGGCAACAUCGGUCACACUGAGUCAGCUGCUGGGAUAGCAAGCCUAAUUAAAGUCCUUCUCAUGAUGGAAAACGAAAAGUUCGUCCCAUCGCUCCACUAUUCACAGAGUAUGAGUAACAUAGAUACCGAAAAGUUAAAUCUCUCUAUUCCAACAAAAGUAGAGAAAUGGGAAGCAUCCCCAGAAUUUGGCAGAGUGGCUGGUAUAAGCAGUUUUGGAUUUGGGGGGACCAAUGCUCACAUUGUUGUCAAACAGUUUAAGCAACAACCUCAACAUAUACCUUCUAAAAGGCCCUAUGAAAUAUUUGUACUUUCUGCAGCUUCCAGUAAAUCUCUCAAGCUCACAAUGGAAGACACCGUUCAACAACUGAGCAAAAGAAAACAAGAAUCAUUGCAGGAUCUAGCCUAUACAUCAGCGUGUAGAAGGAACCACACCAGUCACAUAUAUAGAAAAGCAUUUGUAACAACUUCCCUAGAGAAUCUGCCGCAAAGUCUUAAUUCUGCAGCUAAAGAACAAAUACAUUACACAAAGGGGAUUCCUCAAUUAGUAUUUGUGUUCUGUGGUAAUGGGACCCAUUACAAGGGGAUGGGCAAGAUUUUGCUCAAUUCUGAACCAGUGUUCAAAGAAAAGUGCCAAGAAAUUGAUAAUCUGUUCUAUCACUAUGAAUCCAUCAGUUUUCUGGAUUUAAUAGAAAAUGAAUUUGAUGAUUUUUCAAAGCCUGACAUAGCCCAGCCACUCCUUUUCAUAAUUCAGGUGGCUUUAGCAUCCCUCCUAAAAUUCUGGGGCAUUAAGCCUGUUGCUGUCCUAGGUUCAUCCAUUGGAGAAGUAGCUGCUGCCCACUGUGCUGGAUUUCUUUCCCUCAAAGAUGCUGUGAAGGUUAUUCAUUAUAGAAGUUUAUUUCAGUCAAAGGUGGUUGGAGGGAAAAUGUUGGUAGUUGGAAACAUCCCUAUAGAGGAAAUCAAAAAAGCGCUGGAUCCCCACUCUGGAGAGGUCUGUAUUGCAGCCUUCAAUAGUCCCUAUUGUUGUACUUUGUCUGGAGAUGCAGAUUCCAUAAGUGCUGUUAAUAAAGAACUAUCUCAGCAAUUUGGGAAAAGAAACAUAUUCCUGUAUAUCUUACCCGUUCCAGCUGCUUAUCACAGUUCUAUGAUGGAUCCAAUAAUGAAGGACAUUACAGAAAAUAUAGGAGAUCUGGUAAAGCAGGAGCCAGAAGCAGAAAUGAUUUCAACGGUGACUGGAAAAGCAACUACUAAAAACGACUUAGUUACAGGCAAAUAUUGGGCCAGGAAUGUUCGAGAGCCAGUUGCUUUCAGUGAAGCCAUCACAACUUCAUCUCAAGAAAGGAAAAACCUAGUGUUUGUUGAAAUAGGUCCUAAGCCACAUUUCAAACGAAUCAUCCAAGAAAUUUUAGGAGAAAAAACACUUGUUUUUCCUGCCCUACAAAAGGAGAAAGAGUAUGAGACCCUUUUUGAUCUAGUAAAAAAUCUAUUUGAAUUGGGAUAUAAUCUCAAUUGGCCAUAUUUCUAUGAUGGGUUGAAAGCAGUUCCAACAGACUACCCCAGAUAUCAGUUUGAUCAUCAGAAUCUCAAAGAAUACCUGCAAAGUCUUCAGGAGCAUCACAGCAUUACCCAUAUCAAUCAUCCUCUCAUUGACAAGGCAGAUAAUGACUUAGAAUUCACCUGCACAAUAUCCCAGGGAACCACACCUUAUGUCUAUGAGCACAAAAACAACGGCGUGCCUUUGAUUCCUAGUGCUCUGUUUAUAGAGCUUGGUUUAGCCUCAGUGAUGAAUAGUUCCAAACCCAAAAUACCUUUAAAGGAUUGUCAGAUAAGCAUUGCUUUUGUAACUCCCUGUAUGGUAAAACAAAAUGUCCUAGAUUUGAAGAUCCAAGUGGAAUUAAGUAAAGCGGCAACAGAAUUCAAAAUAUUUUCCUCAUCAUCUACAAAUUAUGCAACAGGUAAAGUUGCGAAAAUGAAUGAAACUUUGAAUGAAAUAGAUCAUCUCUGCCUUGAAAGUAUCACACAAAGGUGCAAAUCAGUCAUACCUGUCAAUAAAGUUUAUGACAUCCUCUCCCUUACUGAUUUUCAAUAUGGCCCUAUUUUAAAACAAUUAAGUGAUAUUUUAUACUGUGAUAAUCUAAAGGAAGGCAUCACAAACAUUAUAGUAAAAGGAAAGACCAAAAAGGAAAUAUAUGACUAUCACAUCCACCCAGUGCUAUUAGACUGUUUCUUUCAGAUGACAGCUGUGAUGGCCGCCAAAAGCAUAGAAACUGAAGGAAAACCCGGAUUUCCCGUUACCGUCGGCAACCUUGCAGUUUUCGGAAACUUGGAAGACAAAAUGCAUAUAUAUAUAAAAACCACCAAGUCUAGUGAGGACUAUGUUGAAAUGUGUGGCUGCUUUACAAAUAAGCAUGGCCAAGUUUUGGCUGUACUGAAGAACGUAGGGUUCAAGUUUAUAACAGAAAUAGCCAGCAUUGAUAAAGUUUUUCUAGAAAACAAUUGGACAGAAAUCUCUCCCCUCCCAGUGACUAGCAAUUCAAAUGAACUUCCAAGGUUCAUCGUAUUUGCGGAUCAAUUUGGAGUAGCUCAAAUGUUAAAAAAGUACUUACAUACCAAGUCCAAGUAUGUUACCUUUGAGGAAUGGGAAACAACUCAAAAUUAUGAAAGGGCAGGCGACAUGAUGAAGAAGGAGAUCCAGGGCUACUGUGAUGUGUUAUUCCUGUGGGGAAUUCAAAUAUUAAAUGAGGAACUAUCAGCAAUGCUGAUCAUGCAACAUUUAGCUAAGUGUUGUGAGGCACUUCGUCAAAUUGUCUUGGCUUUGAAAGAACAAAACAACCAUUGUUCUGUGACAGUUGUCACUUACAGAACAACAUCAAGAAAUGUGAAUCACAUUAAUCCUGGAUAUGCUCUGCCUGGUAUGAUAAGAAGCUGUUUUAUGGAAGUUCCAGAGAUUACUUUUAAGAUAAUCGAUAUUAGUUUUACAAAUGCACAGGACAUAGAAAGCUUAGCACAAACUAUCACUAACUAUAAAGGAGAAGAUUAUCCUGAACUCUGGAUUGAUCAGGGAAAAAUUUACACUACAGAAGUCAAAUAUACUCCUUUUCAAGAUCCUAGUGAUAUCCUAGCUUCAAAGUACCUUCAGAACUCUGAAACGUUUACUUUAUAUGCAGCAGAUCCAUAUAAGACAACAAAUCUGUGUGUCCAGUUAUCAGAUCCCAAGACUACUUACCUGGAAAAAUAUAGUGUUGAAGUUCAAAUGGAAAAAAUAUGCCUCCAUUCAGAAGACUAUUUUCCUGUUAGCACUUCUAGCUUGACUUUUGGAAAAACUCUAUACUGGACUGAACACACUACAGAAAAACAUAAAUUGCUAGCCCUGGACUUCAAUGGGACAGUAAUUAAUGUAGGCAAGGGAGUGAAAGAAGUUAAGGUUGGCGAUCACAUUGCCACAUGUUUCCCAGUUGAUGCCUCAUCGAGAGUCUCAAUUCCCGAGUCCGUCUGUCUUGACACCACAAAGGUCAAAGUUCUUAAAAGUACACCUUGUGUAUCACACUUCAUAAUAGCUUGGGAAAUUCUUAAUCAGGUAUUACUGCCAAGGGCAAACCCUGUUGCUUCCCUUGCUGUCAUCUCCACAGAAGUGGAAUCUAUUCUAAGCAAAGUAAUAGCUUUUGCUGCUAAAAGAAAUGAUUGGAAAGUUAAUCAUGUCUCGCCCUCUUCUGAUCUAUGGAAUGAUGUAAAAAAUUGUCAAGUUCUUGUUUUUCUGUCUCCAAUAACGAGCUUCAAAGUGGAAAUGCUCUCUAGUCUUUCCCACCUGAAAGAUGUGGUGUUUGUUUACGGGAGUUCCCAGCCUGAAUUUCUGCAGCAACUUUUUCAUAAUAUCAAUGAACACAUCCAAAUUCACACAGUAAACCUGAACCAGAUUUUUCAGAAAUCAGCUCUACUACACACCAACAUGGCUGUGUUUAAGUGGCUAUAUUCAACGAACUUGAAAUCAAUUCCAAAUUUAGCCUAUUCUGUUUUUCAACAAAGUAAGUCAUCUGAAAAUACAGAAUCAGGUCUUUUCUCCUACUUCACAUGCACAGCCAUUCCACUUGCUGCUUUGGGAGGAAAGUCCUCAGAAAGUGAAAUUUCAGACAUACCUAAGUGUAUAGGAGGAAAUAAAUUGUUUAAGUCCAAUGCAGUGUAUAUUGUAUCCGGUGGACUCUCUGGCCUUGGCUUAGAAACAGUAAGAUUUAUUGCUCAGAAUGGAGGUGGCUCUGUGGUGAUUCUUUCAAGAAGAAGUCCAAAUGCUGAGCAACGAAAAGAAAUACAGUCUUUUGAAAGUCAGAACGAAGGCUGCAACAUCAUCAGCUUGCAGUGUGAUGUGAGUAACACAUAUGAGGUGAAAAAGGUAUUCAAUUAUAUUGUCAAUAUCUUUCCAAAGGGUGCAAUCAAAGGUGUGUUUCACAGUGCAGUUGUAUUGGAUGAUGCAUAUCUUGAAGCUCUGAACCUCUCUCGCUUUGAGAACGUACUAAGUCCCAAAGUUGCAGGAGUUAUAAAUCUUCAUUGUGCUACUAAAGGGCAUGAGCUGGAUUAUUUUGUCUGUCAUUCAUCUGUUACUUCAUUCCUUGGAAAUGCAACCCAAACUAAUUAUGCUGCUGCUAACUCCUUUCUAGAUAUCUUUUGCCAUUAUCGGAGAAACAAUGGUCUUGCUGGUCAAUCUAUUAACUGGGGAGCUAUGAAUCUUGGACUAAUGCUAAACAAAGACAAUCUUCAAAAGUUUUUAGCAAGCAAGGGAAUACUCACUCUUCAGAAAUCUGAAAUUUUUAAGUAUUUUAGUAAAUGCUUACUCCUGAAUAAUCCUCAGCAAGCAAUUAUUAAAUUUCAUUACAAAAAUUUACAGGAUUACUAUUUUACUCAGGUUCCAGCUCUCAGAAUCCGUUUUUCAACAAUUUUCCAAGAAGAAAUCAACAGUUUGGAUGAACCUGACUUAGUUGUUGAUGAAAAUUCAUCUCAGAUAAUGAAGGAAGUAUCUCAGACAUCGAAUGAAGUAUACCUUAACUCCCUUGCAAAUGAAUUCAGCAGUACAAAUCUUAACGACAUUUCGAUGGACACACCACUUAUAUCACUUGGCUUGGAUUCUUUGGCAGCUAUAACCCUGAAAAAUAAGCUCUACCAUGACAAACAGGUGGAUGUUCCUCUUAUCAAAUUACUUGACCCUGAUGCAACUCUGAUGAGCUUAAAAGUGCUUUUAGAUAAAAAAUUAAAAGAAACAGCCAACAGUAGAGACAAUGACAAAAAAAAAAAAAAAAAAAGCAAGUAACUAGUUCUGGAAUAGCUGAAAGAAAAUUGAGCAAAAGUGAAAAUUAAAAACCAAAAACACAAAAUGGGAAA